AUGAAGGAGCUCCGCAUCGAGAAGCUCGUCAUCAACAUCUCCGUCGGAGAGUCCGGUGACCGUCUCACUCGUGCCUCCAAGGUGCUCGAGCAGCUUACUGGUCAGACCCCCGUCACCUCUAAGGCUCGCUACACCGUCCGUUCGUUCCAGAUCCGUCGUAACGAGAAGAUUGCUUGCCACGUCACCAUCCGCGGCCCCAAGGCCGAGGAGGUCCUUGAGCGCGCCCUCAAGGUCAAGGAGUACGAGCUCCGCCGCCGCAACUUCUCCGAGACCGGCAACUUCGGUUUCGGUAUCGACGAGCACAUCGACCUCGGUAUCAAGUACGACCCCGGAAUCGGUAUCUUCGGUAUGGACUUCUACGUCAUCAUGGGCCGCCCCGGCAUGCGCAUUGCCCGCCGCAAGCAGAAGGUCGGCCGCGUCGGUGCUCCCCACAGGGUUAAGCCCGAGCAGACCGUUGCCUGGUUCAAGCAGCGCUUCGACGGUAUCGUCUCCCGCUAA